GCCGAGUAGCCUGAAUCAGCCCGUAGAGCUAUGAAUGCCUUCCAGAAAGCGCAAAUCGUGCGAGAACCUCAUGGAGCAGUACUGCGACGCUGUGGCUGCGUGAGGGUCAAAGGCUGCCUUUCCUUCGACCGCUGCUGGCGUUGUGAAACUCCUCAGUUCAGUGGUAUGGUGACUUUCGAGAAUCCCAGGUGCGACUUGCGAGAUACACCUGGACGUCACUCCGGAGGCCUUGCAAGUGCUUCGAAGUGCUGGUCAUCAGCCCGAGUUGACUCCAACAGCCGUUCACACACUCCAUGCUGCCCGAAUGCAUUUGAUUUCUCCGUUGGAAGAGCACUGCCGCAACUUUUUGCAGACUCUGCAAGACUACGCACUCAUUUUGCAAUGGAUGACUGAUGCUGCAAAGCUCUCAUAUCCCUUGGAGCCAGCUGUGCACCGGAAAUAUUGGACAAAGAUCCUGCUUAAGAGCUCGGAGGUCAUCAGAUCGCAAGCAUUUCUGGAAACCCAUGGCUCAAUCGUGGCGCAAAUGCUUGAACUGGAUGAGUUGGAGGUUGAUGAGGAUACUCUUUGGACGCAGUGCGUGGCAUGGUCAACAAAUGCUGUUCAUCAUCCUGAACUUCUGGGUCCAUAUGCUGAUGCAGGAAAUUCUGUGAAACGACGCAGAGCUGACGAGGCUGGAACUCACGAUGGGCAAUGCGAGGCAAUUUUGCAAUUAAUGUCGGAGAGCAUCCGCUUCGGCGCACUGAGCAGAGCUUUGUUUUUUGACAAAGUCAGGCCGCUUUUGACCCAUGAGCAGAAUUAUGAGGUUUGGGAGUAUUUUACCCUGAAACAAAGAUCUGAGCAGAUUUGGGCGAGAAAGCGACCUGGGCUGACGCUUGGGGAGAAGGUGGUUUUUGAGUCAGCCGAGGGAGGAAUCGCUGCGCGGUGGAUCCCCUCACGCUGGGUCUUGAAGGUGAACCUCGGUCGGGCUUCCGCCUUCAGAGGGUUGGAGCUAUCCUUUGCUCCUCAUGGAUACUUUGGCGCAUUGUGCCAAGGGAUGUUAGGACUGAAUAACUUUUCGCCAAAUGCUUUGCUUGGAUGUUAGGACUGAAUAACUUUUCGCCAGAUGUUUUGCUUGGAUGUUAGGACUGAAUAACUUUUUGCCAAAUGGGUUUUCCGUAUGACAUCACAAAAAGUUAUUCACUUUUAGCAGGGGGGC